GUUCGACGUUAUCACCGGCCGACCUUCUCAACUCAUUGAACGAACUUGGCCAUUUACCCCAAUCAAACCGAGGAACGCUCACCGUCUACAAUGGGAAAAGUCAAGAUUGGUUUUAUUGGAGGUUCAGGGUUAAAUAACCCUGACAUACUUAAAAAUCCAAUAGUGAGAUAUGUCGAAACUCCAUUCGGAAGCCCGUCUGAUGUUCUUAUUGAAGGGAAAAUAUCUGGAGUUUCUUGUGUGGUCCUUGCAAGGCAUGGGAGGAAACACACCAUCAACCCAAGUAAUGUCAAUUACAAGGCAAACAUUUGGGCACUGAAAUCUGUCGGUUGUACUCACGUCAUUGUUUCAACAGCAACUGGCUCUUUAAAAGAAGAAAUCCGUCCAGGAGAUUUCGUCAUAGUUGAUUCUUUUAUCGAUAGGACCUAUUCACGUGAGCAAACAUUUUUCGAUGGAAAAGGUCCAUGUCCGCACGUUUGUCACAUCCCGAUGGAGCCGGCAUUUUGUAACAAGACUAGAGAACUAAUCAUAGAGACUGCCAAGGAACUGAAUUUAAGAUUCCAUCCAAAUGGUGUUGCAGUCACAAUCGAAGGACCGAGGUUUUCAACCAAGGCUGAAAGUGUUCUGUACAAGUCAUGGGGUGCUGAUUUGGUCAAUAUGACUUUAGUUCCUGAGGCACCACUGGCAAAGGAGGCAGGAUUGUGCUAUGCUGCGGUGGCGAUGGCCACCGAUUACGACUGUUGGCACAACACAGUCGUUGAUGUGAGUGAGGUAAUGGCCACAUUUAAAGCUAAUGCACAGAAGGUGCAAAAGCUUUUCUGUGAGAUCGUGCCAAAGAUUGCAGCAAUCGACUGGACAGAUACUAUUGAAAAAUUACAGAACAUGGUAGAGAUGAGCAAAAUGAUUCCUAGUGAUUCCAGAGAAUGAACUCUGUUAAUUACAUUAAUUGCUUUGAUUGUUCAUUCAAGUUGUCUGCCCAAUCUCAAAUACUGUUUGUGUC